CUGCUGCUCACAGUGUGAUCCAGCUGAGUGGGUGAAAGAGAGAGAAAGAGAGGGAGAGAGAGAGAGAGAGAAAAACAGAGAGAGAGAGAAAGGGAGCCACACUUUGUCCCUCACUCCAAGCUCCUCCAGCAGCUCAGGCCGAUAUUCUUGGCUUGGAUGCAGCACUCAUGACAGGAUUAGGAGCCUGUGACACGGGACCAACCGGAGAUCUGCAGGUUCUAAUACUCGAACCCGGGCCAGAUUCUGACCCUGCACGGCUCUGACCGGCAUCCUGUGUCCCUCUAAUAUCUCCAGUAUAUCAACCCACUUACAGAGAACGCUUCUGUUCUUUCCAAUCAUGCGUCUCCUCACCAUCAUUAUCAUCCUGCUGCUCCUUCAGUCAGCUGAACCUCGGAAAGGCGGCCGAAAUAAGGCCGCACAACGGGGCACCAAGGGCCGUGUGCGAGGCAGAGGAAGGGCAAGCCUCAUGAAGCGUCAAACUCAGGAAUGUAAGGAGUACACAGAAAAGAGAGAAAAGUUUCUUGACUGCCAGGAUAGGCAGCUGACAUUUGUAAAUCAAGACUGGCCCAAAGACAUUCAGCACCUUUUGCUGGCAAAAAAUAAGAUUCAGGUUUUAAGGAAUAACAUGUUUGAACAGUUCACCAAGUUGAAGAGCCUGGAUCUUCAGCAAAAUGCUAUUUCAGUGAUAGAGGAUAAUGCGUUCAGUGGCCUCGAUCAGCUCACCACACUUCUCCUUCAACAUAACCGCAUCAGAACAGCCUCCGAGGAAUUCCUCCUGCCCUUACGCAGCCUCUCCUACCUCCGCAUUUUUGACAACCCCUGGAGCUGCCGCUGCCCACUGGAAACCCUUGUCAGGACCCUGCAGGUGCCCAGUAAUCGCAACUUAGGCAACUAUGCCAAGUGCGCUGAGCCGCGUUCUAUGAAGGGCAAAAAGCUUAAAGAGCUAGAAGCAGAAUUGCUGUGUGCCAAAGACAACAGGUCAGAGGUUUUGGAGGGGCCAGAACCUGGGCCUGUAAUAGAAAAGUCAGAUGCUGUGUCCAUUUGCAAUCUCAAAUAUCCCGGACCCCUCCUGAACUGCAGACACAAAGGUCUGAAUCGUAUGCCCCCAGAAAUGCCAUUGGAUCUAGUGGGGAUAGACAUGUCCAAUAACAUCAUCAAGCAUCUCAGGCCUAAACAAUUCCUGCUGUCCAAAGAACUCAAGCUACUCAACCUCAGCAGCAACAAACUUGAAAAAAUAGAUACAGCUGCGUUUGCAGGCCUGCUGCACCUCCGUCACCUCGAUCUGUCCAACAACAGCCUUCGGUAUUUCCCUUACGGCGUACUGGAGGACCUGUACUUCCUACGGAAGCUUAACUUGGACAACAACCCAUGGAUGUGCGACUACUACAUUCACUACUUGGUCUACUGGCUCAAACAUCACCCAGCUGUCUCGUUCACUGGCCUGAUCUGCUCAGAGCCAGAGGAGUUCAGGGGCUGGAGAGUGGAAGACUACGUCAAAACCUACAACGGGGAGUGUCCUAUAGAUAAACAGAUAGAAGACAAUGACAAUGGGCAGGGAGCACAUGGAGGGUCGGAGAACGAAGCACAGCAGGUGAUGGGGGAGAUGGCUGAAGGACAAUUGGAUCUUCUACCCCAGCCCAUAAGGAAGAAGGAACCCAAUGAGAUAGACAUCAUCAGAUUGAGCUAGAAUGGGAGAAAUUUACACAUGACUAUUGACCUGCAGGUCAGACGUCAACAUGGAUUAAAAAAAAAUCAGUGAUUAAGUGUUAAAGAUAUAGUAUGUGAAGUAAAAUAUUGAGUAAAAGUAUUUCUUAAAAAGCAAUUUCCAUCCUCAUUAAUAAGCAUAAAAUAGGAUGAUAAACAUUUGCUCUAACGCUUAUUUGUUUCAUUGCCUUGCUGCUUUGUUUUUUAAGUGGUGGGCUUUAAUUUCUAUUUAUCUUAUAUAAGAAUAUUUCCAAACCAGGCUGUGUUUGUUGCCAAACCCUGACAUUCCAGCCGGUUAGAUUGUGGUGCCUUUUUGUUUUGUUUCUGUGCAGUAACACUGAGAUCAGGAUAUGUUUUCUUUGGUUUACUUGUUAUUUUCCAGCUUAAUGUCUGACAUUUUCUGUAUUUUCUCUGGAAUAAAUUUGGGUCUAUUUUUUUUUUGUUUUCCAGAUUGCUUGUUUUACUUAUAAACAGGAAUGACUAAUAGCAAAUUGUCUAUGUAGAAAUAUUUAAUUUGCGGUAAAGUGAAAUCAUGACAAAUGGCAGGAAUCAGAAAUUGGCUCCGCUUGUUCUACAGGGACAUUGCUGAUCAUUUUUCUCAUUCAUUAUGCUGAUCUGAUGUUGCGAAAGAAUGAUUAGAGAACAUUACGUCUAUUACAAACAUGCUUCUUGUUUCAUUUGGCAUAUUAAUCUCAGUUCUUACCCCGGAUCUGUCUCCAGCAUACAUUGUAGGUAACAUUUCUUUUUAGCAAAUGCCUCAACCAUAAGCAAGAAAAACUGAUAAUACAAUACCCAAGCCAGUAUCAUCAAUUACCUGCUGGAUACCGGGCACACAAUUAUCGUUAGUGACAAAAAGUAUUGGUUUCCUCCAACCUUUUCAAAUAUUGUCAUAAUGCUACUGCCUAACUCUUUGUAGGGGAGUGUUGGCCUAGUGAUUAGAGCAGUGAGCUUGUACUCUGAGAAGCAUGCAAGUACCCGGUUUAAUCCCCACAGCCUGAACUCUGGGUCCCUGAGCAAGACCUUUAAUCCCUGAUUGCUCCCCAGGCGCCAUACAGUGGGAUCAAUUAUGUUCAAUUAUUAGUAUUUUGACAGGAUUUUGUGAUAGAAACAAAAUGAGACACAUAUUCAAAAGUUAUGAGAGCCUCAGCAAGUAUUUCAAGUUAAAAUUAUGAACAGCAAGUGAUUUUUUCACAAGAAAUUAUACCAUUUUCUGGUAUCAUAGCCCUUUAAAAAUAAUGCAGAAUGUUUUUUCUUUUUUUUUGUUGAGAAAAUUGCAAUAAGUUGGUAUAUUUAUAAUCCCGACUUAGCAUCUGUGGAAACCCUUUCUAUU